CUUAGGAAAAGGCUGUACCUUUCGUUCUUUGUCAGAAUAAAAACUGUGAACGAAAAUUAAUAUUUUCCUUAUUUAAAACUAUUAAGUUCAGCCGCGAUACGCUGAAAUUCAACGCUCAAAGUGCAAAUUUUAAUUUGCGCUAAACAAAAAUAGCAAACGCACAAUUAAAAGCGUGAAGUAUCAGUUGUGAAAUUGUGGGACUGCGAAUGCUAAUAAAAACGAUAAGGAAUUUCGCAUACACAUUGCAAACCAAGUUUCAACGCAUACAGUUAAACUGUGCUGCCAGUAAAAACAACAAACAAUCAAACACAAAUAAAAUAUAGCAUUUGCAUAUCUUAACAAGCAUAAAGAGCAAGAAAAUUUAAAUAUCAAAAUGGUGCAAACUGGAAUAUCGUUGAAUGACCGUUUUACCCAAAUGCAAUCUCGCCAGCAACAGACGGCAGAGACGCGCGGACGCCGCAGCCGCUCAAGGAGCCGCAGUCGCCGCAUUGUGGAUUCUGCACCAUCAGUGGCCAAUACGCGCCUGCUCCAGGAGUUCAAGAGGAAGCAUACUGUGCAGACGGCACUCAAAUUGAAGCGCAGAAGCUUGCGGACAUCGGCCAGCGGCGCCAGCGGAAUGAAAGCGCUGCGCUUGGGCCCCAAUGGAAAACCUGUGCGCUCAAGCAAUAUCUCUCGCCUGGCAACCAUGCGAGCCGAUUUGGUAGCCAGCAAUGGGCGCGCACGUCGCAGCGGCAGCACCACACGGCGCUCCAAUUCGGCAGUCCGUGGACUGCGUCAGCGCCUUGGCAAUCGCCGGCCCACUGUGGGUGGCGCUGCGGAGCGUGUGGCUCAGCGCAGACGCGGCAGCCUGGGACGCUUCCAACAGCAGCAGCAGCAGCAACAAGUUCUAGCCCCAGCACGUAGCCGUUCACGCAGUCGUGCACGCAAUACUCUUUCGCAGCCUCGUGGACGCGCUCUUUCCCAGCCCCGUGGACGCCCCAAUUCGCAGGUUCGUGGACGCGAGCGGUCUCUGAGUCGCGGACGUGAUCGCUCUAUGGGUCGUAUGCCUGAGCGCUCUCAGCCUCGAGCUCGCUCUCAGAGUCGUGGCCGUCCGCCACAGGUCGCAAAUUCUCGUGUUUCAGUUAAACAGCGUUUGGGUGUGCGUCCGGGCGUGGCUGCAACAGUAGCAGCUGCCAAGAAGCGUCGCGGCAAUCGUCGCAAUAGUGGGCAACUUCCAGGUGUCGCUGCUGGGCGCAUUGAGCGUCGUCGCAAUUCGAACGUAGCACAAAAGGCAGUUGCAACGGCUGCUGGCGGUCGUGGACGCAAAGGACGUGCUCGUGGCAGAUCUGCUGUACGUGCCGCUGCUAAUGCUAGUGCUGCUGCUGUUGCUACACAACGCUCGCGCUCGCGUUCUCGCUCACGUUCUCGAGCACGCCAGGGAAAUGCUGCCGCUGCUGGAGGUGCUGCCGCUGGCAAAGGCGCUGGACAAUCACGGGGCCGCCCACGUGGACGUGCUGGUAAAGUAGUCAAGGCUACCAACAAAAAUGGUAACAAUAAGAACAGCAACAUCAACAAAAAUAAGAACACAGGCGCUGGCAAGGCUAAUCAACAGCAGGGACGACGUGGACGUAGUCGUGUUCGUGGUGGUGGUGCUGGUCGCACCGUUGCAGGUAAACCGCAACGCAAGGAGGUUAAGCGUGAGGACUUGGACAAGGAGCUGGAUCAAUAUAUGUCAACCACAAAGGGUGAAAUGGACUACUUGCUUAAGUAGAGGACAUCACGACGUGGACCAAAGAGUUGCCCCCACCGCAUGGCAGCUAAUAACAGAAUAUCUUAAAGUUGUCUCUUAGCUACUAAUUAGUUUUAAGUAUGAAUCUGCAAACACAAAGAAACUCAACUCGAUGAUGUGCGCAUUUCAGCAUGUAAAUAGCUUAAAAUACAUAAGUUAAUCACAACAAUAUAUAUAGAAUACCACGCUCCUUGUU